AUGGCACCGAAAGGCAAAGCUGCGGACAAAGGCGGUGCUGCAAAGGGGAAAGGGAAGGGUAAGGCAGAUGAAGAGGAGAAGGGUGGCAAGGUUAAGGGAGCGCAGUUUAUCAACGUUCGGCAUAUUCUGUGCGAGAAGCAUAGCAAGAAAGAAGAAGCCCUUGCCAAGCUGAAGGCUGGCGCCAAGUUUGACGAUGUCGCCAGGGAGUUUUCGGAGGAUAAGGCCAGGGCAGGGGGAUCACUAGGUUGGAAGAAGAGAGGAGAUCUGGAUCCUGCGUUCGAAGAGGCAGCUUUUGCACUAGAGGCCUCGACGACGGCGAGUCCAAAAUACGUUGAGGUUAAAACUGGGUUUGGAUAUCACAUCAUAAUGGUUGACGGACGUAAGUGA